AUGGAUGUGGAGGAAGCAGCAGUGAUGGAGGAGAUAAUAUAUGUUGCUUUAGGGAGAGAAACUGCCAAGAACAAGUCAAAUCUCAUAUGGGUUAUAGAUAACUCCCAAGGGAACAAGAUCUGCAUUGUUCUUGUUCACCAAACUCCUCAGAUGAUUCCUGUUUUGGGUACCAGAUUUGAUGCUGCAACGGUAGAUGAAGAGUUAGUGAGAGCAUAUAGAGAAAAACAAAAGGCUAAAACAGAGAAGAUUCUUGAUGAGUACCUCACAAUUUGCCUGAAGAAAGGGGUCCACGCAGAGAAGCUGUGCGUUGAGACUCCGGACUCAAUAGAGAAGAGACUUGUGCAGAUGAUUACUGAGAAUAAAGUCAGGAAGUUCAUAAUGGGAGCAGCUGCAGACAAACACUAUUCAACGUAUUGUAUCUUUGGUUUCACCUGUUUCUUUUUAUUAUUCAUCUUGAAACUGACAUUAGUGUGUUCAAUUUGCAGGAAAAUGGAGGAACUGAGGUCGAGGAAAGCUAUCUUUGUAUGCCACUACGCACCUCCUUCUUGUCAUAUCCGGUUUAUCUGCAAAGGACAUCUCAUCCACACAAGGGAUGGUAGAAGGGAUGAAGUGAGAGCUCUCUCAGCUCUAUUAUAUGACUUUCAGCGCCUUGUCUCCUCGCGAAGUAGCUCCAGUUCAUAUAUGCUGAGUGAAAGCUCAAAGGGGAAAAGCGAAGUGGAGGAAGAAGAAGAUGAGGAGAGAACAUCAAGAGCCAGCUCUUCUCAGUCUGAUGGUACCUUGUCAUACUCUGGAGGAUCUGAGGCUUCUUCACCAAGUACAACAGAUGAAAAAUCAAACCACUCCUCUCCUCCUACCACUUUACCUUGCGGUGGGAUGGGACUAGGCAUGAUAAGCUUCAUGAUCCACUCCACCAAACUAUGGCAUAAGCGUGCCAUCAAAAACCACAAGCAGUGUGAAUGA